AUGAUCAUAAAGGUGAAAACUCUAACAGGCAAAGAAAUUGCCGUCAGCUUAAACAAUGAAGACCCCAUUUACCGUAUCAAAGAGCUUCUCGAAGAAAAGGAGGGAAUUCCACCUUCGCAACAGAGACUGAUAUUCCAAGGGAAACAAAUCUCAGAUGAACAAACUGUUUCCUCCGCAAAACUUGAGAAUGGCAUGCAGCUCCAUCUAGUUUUGACACUAAGGGGUGGCAGGUAA